CGAAGGGGGAGGAGCUCAUGCUUUUUUGCCCCACCCCCACCGCGUGUCAGUCCCAAGCUUCAGAAUUCGCUUCAGGUUGGCAGGCAGGACUGUGCAUUGAAAGGGCAUGGCUUUGGAAUCCUGGCCUUGCCCCACUACAGAUCUUGGGCAAGCCGCCGAAGGUAUCUGAUCCUCAGUUUCUGCAUCUGUACAAUGGAAAACCUAAUGCUUACAAGGGGACGGCUGUGAGCCACGUGGGAGCUAACUUCUAAGAAAUCUGUGAUCUGCAAAAAAAUCUUCAAGUCACAGUGGCAGCUUUGAGAGUUGGACAGCCAGGUUCCUGAAGUGACUGAUCUCUAGGCUCCAGCCCCAAUCUGCCACCAUUCCGUGCUGCGGGGACACCAUGGCUCCAGAGGAAGCCACUGGAGGGGAGGCCCUAGAGGGCAGCUUCUGGGAGGCUGGCAACUACAGGCGGACGGUGCAGCGGGUAGAGGACGGGCAUCGGCUGUGUGGGGACCUGGUCAGCUGCUUCCAGGAGCGUGCCCGCAUCGAGAAGGCCUAUGCCCAGCAGCUGGCUGACUGGGCCCGAAAGUGGAGGGGCACUGUGGAGAAGGGCCCCCAGUACGGCACGCUGGAGAAGGCCUGGCACGCCUUCUUCACGGCAGCCGAGCGGCUGAGCGCGCUGCACUUGGAGGUGCGGGAGAAGCUUCACGGACAGGACAGUGAGCGCGUGCGUGCCUGGCAGCGGGGCGCCUUCCACCGGCCAGUGCUGGGUGGCUUCCGAGAGAGCCGGGCCGCUGAGGACAGCUUCCGCAAGGCCCAGAAGCCCUGGCUAAAGAGGCUGAAGGAGGUUGAGUCUUCCAAGAAGAGCUACCAUGGAGCCCGAAAGGAGGAGAAGACAGCGCAGACUCGGGAGAGCCAUGCGAAGGCAGACAACGCGGUCUCCCAGGAGCAGCUGCGCAAGCUGCAGGAACGAGUGGACCGCUGCACCAGGGAGGCGGAGAAGAUGAAAACCCAGUAUGAGCAGACGCUGGCAGAGCUGCAUCGCUACACCCCACGCUACAUGGAAGACAUGGAGCAGGCCUUCGAGACCUGCCAGGCUGCUGAGCGCCAGCGGCUUCUCUUUUUCAAGGAUAUGCUGCUUACCUUACACCAGCACCUCGAUCUUUCUAGCAGUGAGAGGUUCCAUGAGCUCCACAGAGACCUGCAUCAGGGUAUCGAGGCAGCCAGUGACGAAGAGGAUCUGCGUUGGUGGCGCAGCACCCAUGGACCGGGCAUGGCCAUGAACUGGCCACAGUUUGAGGAGUGGUCCUUGGACACACAGAGGACAAUCAGCCGGAAGGAGAAGGGUGGUCGGAGCCCUGAUGAGGUUACUCUGACCAGCAUCGUGCCCACAAGAGAUGGUGCUGUGCCCCCACCGCAGUCCCCUGGGUCCCCAGGCAGUGGGCAGGAUGAGGAGUGGUCAGAUGAGGAGAGUCCCCGGAAGACUGCCACUGGGGUGCGGGUGCGGGCGCUCUAUGACUACGCUGGCCAGGAAGCUGAUGAGCUGAGCUUCCGAGCAGGGGAGGAGCUGCUGAAGAUGAGCGAGGAGGAUGAGCAGGGCUGGUGCCAGGGCCAGCUGCAGAGUGGCCGCAUUGGCCUGUACCCUGCCAAUUACGUGGAGUGUGUAGGGGCCUGAUUGCCCUGACAGCCCUUCUGCAACGUUUCUCCAUCCUGAGCCAGAGCUCAGCUUCUCCUGAACAGCGGACCUGAGGGCCCUGAACCAUUGUGCCCCUGCUACCGUCUGUCCCUCGAGUGGGGAGGGCACCCGGGAGCCGGGGGGAGGGGAGGGGCCAUGUCUAGGAAGGGAAGGGCCAAAUGAGUCCAGGCAGAGGGCAGAGGGUAAGAUGAGGUCAGGUGACAGAAAGGAUUCAGGGGUACCUGGGCCUCCCUAGGAGUGCUUUGGUCUCCUCAGGAUCCAUGGACUCGAUUCCUGGUCUAUGUGUUUUGGGGUUCCUGGGGUGGACUUGGGGUGAGUGUAGAUCUGGGCUAGCAACACUCUUUUUGGCUUGUUCUAGCGUGUAUUAAACUUGA